AAUGGGUAACGCAGGCGAAGAAGUCCACGAGCUCGGGGAUCUUGACAACCUCAAACAAGCAACCGAAUACACUGAAGAAGUGGUCAUAACACGGCUCACAGAAGAAGAUGUCCACAAACUCUCAAGAGAAUCUCUGACCCUCAAGUCCCGGACCGGGUGGAGACUUGCCAUGAUUCUAUUCGUCCAAGGUUGCAACCAAGCUGGUUAUGGUGUUGACUGGGCAGUCAUUGGAGGUAUCAACGCUCUACCAGCUCUGCACACUUACUUCGGCUUCGGGUACAGUGGUUCCACAAUCGGUGUUAUUAACGCUCUUAUGACCAUUGGUACUGUUUGCGGUGCUCCGUUCCUGGGUCUCGCGGACGUGAUUGGUCGACGUGGUGUCAACUUUGCUGGCAAUGUCAUCGUUAUCUUCGCGGCGCUGUUGCAGGCUUGGGCGAAGAACACCGAGAUGUUCAUGGCUGGAAGCCAAUACAUGGCUGAGAUUUCGCCAAUCCAUCUGCGCGGCAGAUUGGUGGGUGUCUUUGGCGCAUGUUUCCAGGUCGGUUCUCUUGGUAUGACUGGUGCCAUGAUCGGACUCACCACACUCGAAGGCAACUAUUCCUGGCGCAUCCCAUUGCUUCUUCAAGCUGGUCUUGCUCUGACCGUCUGCGUUACCAUCUAUCUUCUGACUCCAGAAAGUCCUAGGUACUUGGUUAAAGUAGGAAAGAGAGAUGCUGCGAAGCAUGUUGUCGCCAAGUACCAUACUACAAGUGGGAAUCUUGAUGAACCUUUGGUCAAUGUGGUGAUCAGCCAAAUCGACGAGUCUCUCGAGAACGAGAAGGCGCUUGCUGGUGCUUGGUGGGACUAUCGAGUUUUCUUCACCAAGGCCGUUGGGUUCCGUAUGUUGGUUCUGACUUUGUACUCUGUCUUCCAGCAGUGGAACGGAGGUGGUAUCAUCACCUAUUAUCUUACUCCGGCUUUGCUCAUGGUUGGUAUCAAGAAGCCAAUGGAGCAGCUCGGAAUACGAACACUGAUCUUCGCCGGCCUGAUCAGUAUGAUCAUCUUACAGACUGCGACAACGAUAACCUCAUGGCAGUACAGUGUCAAUCCAACACAUGCGGCCGCAGGUCUAACGAUCUUCUGGGUUUAUACUUUCCAGGUGUGCUCGGCCACUUUCAUCGCGACCAUGCACAACCUGUAUCCAGUCGAGAUCUUGUCCCUGGCACUUCGAGCUCGAGGUAUGGGCGUCUACUCUUUCAUCCAGGGUGCAGCCGGCAGUGUCCAGAAUUACGGCAUCGCAGUUGGUAUCGACAAGCUCGGAUACAAAAUUUGGGCUGUCUAUGUUGUGUACAACACUCUGCAGCUCAUCGCGUCAUAUUUUGUUUUUCCAGAAACAUAUGGGUUGAGUUUGGAGGAGAUUGAUGUUGUGUUCGAGACACCUGGUGUCAAUCCAGUCAAGAUCAGUUUGGAUAUUCAGAAGGCCAAGAAGCAACGGGCUGUGCUAGAAGAAGAGGUGGAUGCGCUUGGUGCGAAAGCU